CUCCUGAAAAAAAUAAAAAACUCAAAUUAUCCAAAGGAGUUUUUAUAUUUGAAGAUAUUUUACAACUUAAACAAUUAAAAUCUAUAAUUUAUUAAGGGUUACAGAUUAAUAGUUGCAAAAAAUCCUUAAGUAUUACAGCACAGUAGAUGUAAUGUAGUGAAAAAAACUUUGACGUUAAUUUAAUAACCCGUAGAUCCAAUAUACAAAAACAUUUGUCGUAUGCCGAACUUUUUGAAAAAUGGAUACGAGUAGUGACUCUGAUGAAGAAUUAUUUCCAAUUGUGACCGAUGAAUUAUAUUUAAAUACAGCUAGAAACGUAUUUCUUUAUGAUGACCCCUUGUUAUAUUUGGGAGUGUUAAGGGCAGUUGUUGAGGAGAAUUUGGAAAAAGUUAAGCAAUUGAUAGAAUCGGGAAAGUCUGUAAAUAUAAACGACAACAAUGGAAAUACUCCUCUUCACAUUGCAGUAAUAAAAAACAACCUAGAAAUCCUAGAAUACUUGUUAAGUCGUGAUGAUUUAGUAGUGAACGUAAGAAAUUUUAAAGGUGAAACUCCUCUGUAUUAUGCAGUUAGAAUGGGUCGAUUACAGUCAGCUACCAAAUUAAUUCAAGCUGGAGCUAAUGUAAAUCUUCCAAAUUAUGAAGACGUUACCCCUUUGCAUGUCUCAGUGUCUUACCCAGAAGUAGCUCACCUUCUCAUACUCUAUGGCGCAAAAAUUGAUGCUGUUGAUUAUAGUAGUGAUACACCAUUGCACGAUGCUACAGCAGAAAGAGCAUUGAAUACAGUGUGUAUGCUUUUAUAUUAUAAUGCUGAUGCAAACUCUCUUGGUGGCAACAGUCUCACUCCUUUUAUGAAAGCUCUCAUAUCUGAAGACAUCGAAGUCCAAGAAGCUUUAUUUGAAUAUGUAGAUGACUUUAAUGUAGCUACUGAGGAUCACAUGACCACUUUGGCAAUAGCAUUAACACAUGAAACCGUAUUCGUUGAGGAAAUAAUAAAACGAGGGGCAGACGUAAAUUAUGCCGAUUCAUACGAAAACGAAGAUGUAGCAUGUCCUUUUCUACUGUGCUUAAGAGUUCCUAAUUCUGAAAAUUUUAAACUAAUUUGGGAAAAAUUGCAUUACAAUGAAAUACGAAAUACCAUUAAUUUAUGCUUAUUCUUUGAACAUUUAGAUAGAGAGGAUGUCGAGAACUACAUCCAAGUGAUAAUCAAAACUGGCAAUUUAAAGCCGGCUGUUGAAUCUCUCACAAAAAAUGAUAACUACUUUUUAUUUAUUAAUAAAUUUGCCGAGAACAAGUUGAAACUCGAACAACUAACAGUAUUUACUUGUUGCCUGCUCCAGUACGGAUACCGCACAACUAGUUAUGAUAUUUAUGCAAUUUUUUUUCACUACGGUUAUUGCGAACUAUUAAAAAUUCUGUUAUUUAUGGAUAACGAUUAUAGAAAGGGUUGGUUGCCUUGUAUGAUUGUUCCUAGACUGAUGUUUGACCUAGAUUGCCAGUUAAUGAACAAAGUUAAUGAAAUUUAUGAAAUUCACAAAAAAGAUGUCCUACAGUUAUUGGAGUAUUUUAUUUGUCCUCCUUUUAUCAGCGCCUUAAUAUUCAAAUAUAGGGAGGAGGAACAGAUGAAAAAAUUACUAGAGAGUAUGCCAAAAGUACCUUCAUUAAUGGAAUUAGCUCGAAAUGCAACACAAACUCAUAUCCUUAAGUCGUUCGAUAUUGUAAGUACCUGCCAGUUAUACACGAUAAUCAAGCACUUGAACGUAUCAUCAGUUUAUAAAAAAAUACUACUGUUUGAAAAAAAGUUGUAUAGAUUCAAACGUUGUUAUUGUUAAUUAAUAUUAAAGUGCACUUCUAAUGAAAAAUUAUAUAUUUUCCGUUUUCUUAUUUAUG